ACCUUAGCUCAGUAUGUAUUAUACAGGUACCUACAUAUGUGGAUUUUACUGCACCAGUAUCCACGGUAUUAACGUUCCACUACUCUAGGUCAUACAUAGAGCGUGACGAAAUCCGUCUCUGUUCGCUUCAACAUCCUAUCGUCAGACCACAGCUCCCCGUCUAUCUCGACCUACAGCUCCCUCCCAUUGCAUCGCAACUAGCCGAUCCUUUCAGGUGUAAGACACCCUCGAGAGUCGAGGGAACUGGCCAGAAUGUCGGACCGACCGCUCUCACAACGGCCGCUGCCGUCGUCAUUCGACAACGAUGAUUUCUACAAUGAAUCUGGGACCCAUAAAGUCAUCCGGCGCCUGAAGGAGGAACCAUUAAUCCCAGUCGGCUGUAUUCUCACCAUUGCCGCCUUCGUUAAUGCUUACCGAGCGAUGCGCCGUGGCGACCACCACAAAGUCCAGCGCAUGUUCCGAGCCCGUGUUGCAGCGCAGGGGUUUACCGUACUAGCCAUGGUAGCAGGCGGCAUGUACUACGCCGAAGACCGCAACAAGCAGAAGGAGCUCUGGAAACUCAAGCAGCAGCAGGAGGCCGAAGAGAAGCGGCAAAAGUGGAUCAGGGAACUCGAGGCGCGGGACGAGGAAGAGAAGGCCCUUCAGGAAAAGUUUGAGAAAAGACGGAAACGGAUGGGGGAGCGCGCACUGGCGGGGACGGGAACGGAGGGUGUUGCGGCGCAGGCAAGAACCGCAUUGGCGGAGGCAAAAGCAGCCAAGGGGAGUGCAGCCAGCAGAGGAGACUCAACCGGGUUCGUGAAUCAAGCAGCAGAAAGCGAAAAGAAACCCAGCAAUGGAGUCUUGGGCUCUCUGGGAGGUUGGUUCGGUGGAUCUAGCAAAGCGCCAGACGCCUCGACCAAGGAGUUGGACAACCAAAAAGGGCUCGGCUCCAAAGCUGAAGGGAAUUGAAAUCCGGAUCUGAGACAUAGGUGGUAUUGCCUCUGGUAUGUUUGUAUACGCAAACGGGCGGGAAAACGCGUACGAUAUGAAUGGGAAUUGGAGCUCUGUCGAUUUUACGAAUAGCGUCUAACCUGGCUCCGUGCGCUAGGAGGCCCCGAGUGCUAUUUACAAUGCAAUCGAUGCCUAGGCUUAAGUACUAUACAAAGCAGGGGGCAGCGCCAACAUCGGCUGGCAGUGGUGCAGCCACACGACUGUGCGGCGUACCGUAUCUAGCUGUCGCAUUUACGCCAUGCUGCCACCGCCCCUGCUGUGCCCCCCUAUCAACCCGGCCAGUUCCAACAAGGCGCGGUCGGCUUCUAUGUCGCCGGUGCCUAGAUUGACCUUCCUCCUUGCCUCGGCUUCUCUCGCUUCCCAGGCCCAU